AUGGUUACAAAACUUGGUUUGUCAACCAAAUUUCAUCCAUAUCCUUAUAGCAUCGAAGUUGAAGAUGAUGAUGUUUUAGAGAUAACUCGCCAAUGCCUAGUAUCUUUUUCUAUUGGUAAGAUCUAUAAAGACCAGAUUUGGUGUGACGUAGUGAAUAUGGAUGCUUGUCAGUUAUUACUUGGAAGACCAUGGGUGUUUGAUAGAUGUGCUAAAUAUGAUAAAUACCUUAAUACCUAUUCUUUUACAAAGGAUGAACGUAAGAUUAUUUUAGUACCAUUGAAUCCAGAAGAAAUUCCUAAAAAUAUGAAGCUCAAUGAUGAUUCUUUUCUGACCAAAUUACAAAUAAUUGGUUCAAUCAAUAAAAAAAAGCCUUUGAACAUUGGUCCAAUCAAGGAGGAGGAGCAUGAAGGGGAUCUCCAAGUUGAGGAUUUAGCUCCAAAGUUUGAUGAUGAUCCAUUGGAGCAUCCCAUAUGUGAGAUUAACUUUUCACCUAAUAGAGAUGUUCAACAUAAUAUUAAUUUAAUUGUUGACUCUAUCCUUCCAAACGAGGCAACAAAUUGCAUUAAUCCAGAAGUCCGUGAAUUUUUGCAAAUACGAGAGGAAGGGUUGCUUAAAAAGGAGUACAUAAUGGAGGGUUUGAAUUCAUAUUUUGUUCCAAUUUUUUUCUUGCCCCAAAGGAUGAAUAUUUUCAAGAAUAUGUUGGUACAAGAGAUCUCAAAACAAAUUCCAACAAUGGAUAUGAUCUAG